CGUUACUUCCAGCCUGAACAGAAAUUAUCUCAUUUUGUAGCUGAUAGAAGCUGUUAAGGCACAUUUAAUGAAAAGAAUCAAGAGGUUCUUUGAUUUCGUGUAGUUUCUUUUCCCUUCUGAAAUCUUUAAUGAGCGCGACAUUAAAAAAUAAAAUACGAGCUUCGCUGUUGAAGUGAGGAGAAGAGAUGAAGAAGCUAAUUUGUUGCUAACAGAAGAUUGAAGCUUCGUCUGAAUAAAACAGACUUAAAACAGUUAACUCAUGUUUGUGGAACCUGCUUUAAUCCUGUUGGUUAGAUAAGAUUUUCCGCGAUGGAAGAAGUUGAUAAAAUCCUGAUUCACGCUCUCAGACACGUCGGCACAGAGGUGGGGGAGGAUGUCGACAGCCUGAAGCGGUUCACCAGUGACCUGAUAGUGGAGGCGGUGGUCAGAUGUGUUCGUGUCAUCGAACCGGGCUUGGGGGGCGCCCUGCCCACCUCGCUGCCCCCUGGCAUGUCCGCCCGCUUCAGGGUGGGCAUGAGCCUGGCUCAGGCCUGUCAGGACGUCGGCUACAAAGGAGAGAUUGGCUACCAGACGUUUCUCUACAGCAACGAGCCGGAGAUCCGCUCGCUGCUCAUGUUCCUGGUGGAGAAGCUUCCCAGAGAGAGAGCCGAAGCUUCGGACCAGUCUGCAGGAAAAUCUGCCGUCCUCCAGAGAUCCAUCGCUGCUGCAAUCAGAACCCAGCUGGCUGCUUCCUGGGUGCCUCCGAACUGCAGACUGCCCCUCCACUGUGAAACUCAGAAUCACGGAGCGUUGCACAGCUUCCACGUCCAGCCGCUCACUUUCCCACACUGCACUAAAACUUCAGACAAGAAGCACCUGAAAGGUCUACCACCCUGCUCGCUACAUUUUACCAGAAAUGCUUGUGCACCUUGUUCUGACAGAACUGGGUCUGUGUUGUCAGAGGUGCAGGACUACCACAGAGACGUCCUUCCUCCUGUCACCGCCCAGGCGUCCAGCCAGGCCUCUGCGGUGGCGUCCAUCUUGGAGCGACACGCGGCGGAGCUGAGCGCUGCUCAGGAGUGGGACAACGAUUGGAAGAGUCAGGGUCUGCUGUCUCGUCUCACGCCGCAGGAGUACCGCUCCAGGAAGUCGAGCCGGCUGCGUAAACGCAUCGAGGAGCAGCUGCGGUCUGCCGCCGCUCCCUCCCCGGAAAGUGCCUUUGGCGUCUCUCGCUCCGCCUCUGAGCUGACGGAGCUGCUGCAGACCUUCAAAGGCUCCGCCCCCUCCGCCCACGUCCUGACCAAGGGCACCCAUUUCACCCACGCUCAGAAGUUCACCUUCACACAGGAGGGGGCGGCGACGAGUCCGGUCCUCGCCGGGCGCCAGUCUGAGGGCGACGCCCAGAUCCGUCAGCAGGAGGAGCUCUCCUCCCUUCAGCAGCAGUUCCAGCAGCUCUGCAGCGAAGUCGACCAGCUGGCAGCCGACAUAAAACACCUGAACGUGACCAACGCACAGGUGUUGGACGAGCUGAAGCAGAGGGAGCUGAGAAACGCUGAGGAAGAGGAGAAGAUGCAGGUGAAGAAGAAAACAGCCGACCUGCUGCCUGACGCAGAAAACAACCUGCUGAAGCUUCAGUCUCUGGUAGAGGGCGGAGCCAAGCGGGUGGUGAACCUGGCGUCCCAGUGGGAGAAACACCGAGCCCCACUCAUCGAGGAGUAUCGCAGACUUAAAGAGAUCUGCAGCAACAAAGAUCUGGAGUCCAACAGAAAACUCUCCGAGAUCAAAUCUCUCCACGAAAAGAUCCGCGUUUCCACAGAGGAGGCGAAGAAGAAGGAGGACACGUACAAACAGCUGGUAACAGAGUUAGAGAGGCUUCCUAAGGACGCGUCCCGAUCAGCUUACACUCAGAGGAUUCUGGAGAUCGUCGGAAACAUCAAGAAACAGAAAGAAGAAAUUACAAAAAUUUUAUCCGACACCAAGGAGCUCCAGAAAGAGAUCAACAACCUGACAGGAAAACUGGACCGGACCUUCGCUGUGACCGACGAGCUGGUCUUUAAGGACGCCAAGAAGGACGAGUCGGUCCGGAAGGCCUACAAGUACCUGGCUGCUCUGCACGAGAACUGUAAUCAGCUGAUCCAAACCAUCGAGGACACGGGAACAAUCCUGAGAGAGAUCCGAGAUCUGGAGGAGCAGAUCGAGGCAGAAAACGGGAACAAAACCGUGUCGAACCUGGAGAGGAUUCUGGACGACUACAAGGCGAUCCGCCAGGAGAACGCUGCUCUCGCUGCUAAAGUCCGAGAAGGCUGACGGGUCCUGGUCCUGGUCCUGGUCCUGGCCCUGUCGGAGGAAAACCUGGAGACUUUAAUAGAUCUGAGGCGGGAGCAGAUCGUCGGUUCUUCAACACGCAGACCAGCUGAUUUUUGUGGCGUGGAAAUUAAUUUUACCGCUUGUCCCUGACGGACGAGACGUUCAGAUGGUUUCUGAAUCUACAGUUUGGUUCUGAUCAGUCUGGUGUGAACCGGAUCUGUGGACACAAGAGGGCGCCGUCAUGAAGCAUCAUCAGAACAAACUGGACUUCAAAUUCUUUAAAACAAAUGUUGUUUCAGGUAUUCUCAGUUUACUGAUCAUGUUUGAACCUAAAUGAAUGUAGAUGAAUCAAAAUGUUCUGAUCCAUCAGCAGAGUAUUGUUGUUCAACACUUUAAUAAAGAUGCCUUACAGACGGCUGAACUGCAAA